AGAACCUGGAGACACUACUCCGUACAUGUUCAGAUGCUCAGAUUCCGACCGUUGACACGUUCUUGCAGAGAAAAAAUCAUUGCGCAGUCUCUCCGCGUCGCUUUGCAGCAACGGCAGCUGCAGACAUCAAGUGCCCAUAGUGGACAUUGGGGAAUCGGCUUGACAGCAGCCUCAGGGCCACAACAAAGUCCACGAGCUCCGGGAACUAGAAACGUCGCUGUCGCCCAUUAUCCGCAUCUUACCACCAUCAAGGUGCCAGGAUCGUCGACUUCUAUUUCACACACCACUCUCCACAACAUGUCCGACGACAGUUCCUACCUGUCCUUCCUCGAAAAGGCCAACGCCAAUCCGAAGGCUGGCCAGACCCUCGCAGAGUCAGAGUCCACCUCUCAGCGACGGUCACAAUUGGAUCCAACAAGUUCAUCGUCCGAUGCCCUGCCAGCCUCCUUGAAGGCGCUGCCAGACGUCACCUAUACUUCCGACACAGACUCGCCGUUUGAGCCCGUGCUCUUCAACUACUCCGGCUCGGAGCUUCCCUCGGCAGAGGGAUUCGCCAACUGUCUUGCACCCAAGUCGGGCGGCGCUGUCGAGGAGUUAAGUAUUCGGGACUUCGACCCAAGAGGGCAGUACGGCGAGGUCAUUCAGAGGGUGGAACAGGCGGGGAAGGGGGAGGCGGGGGUCAAGGUUUACAGAGUGGAAAUGAGCAAGACCAGAGCCGAGUAUUAUAUUUUGACGAUAGGGGAGAGGAUGUUGGUGGGUGUGGUGACCAAGGCGGUGGAGAGCUAGAAGAGAGGUAUACUCCGAGAGAAAGAGGCCGCAUGAGAACGUUCAGGAGAGUCGUGGCCGCUCAAGACCACAUCGUCGCCAAGGUCGUUUCACGACAGUCGUUCAUGGUGUCCUCUACAUCAAAUAGCACGUGAACACCGAGUUGCAUUCAAGGGCAUGCUGCGGCCGACAGGUAGAAUCUCAAGGGGACUCUGGCCGAACCCCAGUUCUAUGCCGAGUACAACACCGAGUUCUGGUUAUCAAUCAGACCUCGAGACUGACAAGGAUGCAUUCUCUUCUGGAAUUUAUCCCUUUUGAAGGUCUAAUUGAUAGUCCACUCGCAUGGGUCCAUGAUCGACACCAGCACAGCGAAUCGUAACCACAGACGGAAGAAUUCAAGCGUUGAAAAACGCGACCACCCAGAUACAAGCAGAUACUAUCGAGGUCACGAUAGCACAGCAGAUAUGCUGGAACCCAAGGUUUGGAUAUCAGGGUUACUGAAAGGGCGAUCAAGUGCCAAAUGAGAAUGGAUAUGCAGGAUUGGAGCCAAUAGGUG